AAAUGCCCCAGAAGAAAAUAUUAAUGAUUUGUUUGGGCAACAUUUGCCGCUCGCCGAUAGCCGAAACUGUUAUGGCCGAGACCUUGGCCAAGGCUAAAUUGGACUCGGUGGUUGUGGACAGCGCCGCCACCGGCUCAUGGCAUGUGGGCAACCGGGCCGAUCCGCGCGCCCUGAGCACGCUGCAGAAACACGGCCUGGAGAGCAAACACAUUGUGCGCCAGAUCACAAAGCAGGACUUCAAUGAGUUCGACUACAUCUUCGGCAUGGAUGAGGACAACAUGAGAGACCUGCGGCGUCUGGCGCCGAAAGACUGCAAGGCGGAGCUGCUUAUGCUGGGCGACUUUGGACUCAGCAAAGAGAAGCGCAUCAUUGAAGAUCCCUACUAUCAACGCGGCGAUGAGGGCUUCGAGGUGGCUUAUCAACAGUGCGUUACGGCGUGUGAGGCGUUCGUUAAGCAGCGGUUGCUGCAGUGAUUCUCGUUCCAAUAUGUUUCAUGUAGUUGACUUAUAAAAUGAUUAAAUUGCAAUUGUUAAAUAU